AUGGCCGUUGAAGUAAACACAUUGAAUUUCACUAUUCCUAAAGACUUCGCCUGGGUACUUGCUGGCUUAGUUACUUUAAGUGCUUAGCUUUUCAUAGUUAAUAUUGCUUACGUAGGAAGAGUCCGUACAAGAGUAUUUAAGAAUACAGAUCUCUAAAAAGUUUUUGGUGAUGACCAUAAAAAGCACACUAAUGCCACAAUUAAUCCUCUAGGAUAUCCAGAUUUUGGAUAGGGCAGAUAUUCUGAUCAACUCUCCUAUGGUGAUUGGUAUGACUUUAACAUAGCUUAAAGAAUUCACUAUACAUUCAUUGAGUUCUUUAUUCCUUUCAUUGUUAUCUCUUUAGUAGCUGGUCUCUAUAAGCCCUGUUACUCUGCCUACAUCAUAUUUGGUGCAGUUUUUUCAAGAAUAUGUUUCCACAUUGGAUAUGCUUCAGGAAACGCCCAACAUCCUAUCAGAGUUUUAGGAGCAGCUCUUCAAGACUUUUGUUUCCUUGCUAACUUAAUUUUAUCUGUCAUGGGAUUACUUUCUUGGUUAGGUUAUAUUUGA